GGAAAAAAAAGGCCGCUCAGGUAAAAUGACGCUGCCUCUCCGCCGCGCAGGGAUGUCGUCGCCUGGGAACCUCUCGGAAGAGCAGGUCCACUGCUCGAUCUGCUUGGACGUCUUCACCGACCCCGUGUCCAUCCCGUGCGGGCACAACUUUUGCCAAGCUUGCAUCCUGGGAUACUGGAAGAGCAGCCCGCUCUACCGGUGUCCCAUGUGCAAGAAGUCCUUCUACAAGAGGCCGGACGUAAGCGUCAACACGGUCCUGAGAGAGAUUGCCGAGCAGUUCAAGGAGAUGCGGCUGAAGAGCAUGGCAGGGAAGCUUGCCAAGGGGAACAAAUGGACUGUGGAAAGGCGCAAGGAAGAGGAUGAAGAGAGGCUUUUGGAGGAUGACCGUGAAGAGGAGAUGAAGGGCGUGGAAGAAAACGUCACCAGAAACGUAGCCGAGGAGAAAUCUCCGGAGGAGGCGAUUCAGCCGGCUCCUCCGGAGUCCCCGUCUUGGCGAGAGGUUCUGUGUGACGUUUGCCUCGGCGAAGGUCGUCCCAAAGCCGUCAAGUCCUGCCUGGUGUGUCUGACCUCGUACUGCGAGGAGCACCUGAGGUCGCACGCCGCCAGGUUCACCAAACACAAGCUGAUGGAGCCCGUGGCCAACAUGGAGGACCGCAUGUGCCCCAAGCACCAGCGGCUCCUGGAACUCUUCUGCAAGAAGGACCAGACCUGCGUGUGCGUCCUGUGCACGGAGACUGACCACCGGGCGCAUUACACCGUCCCGGUGGAGCGGGAAUGGACGGAAAAACGGGCGCACCUGAAGAAGAUCCAAGUGGACGUGCAACAGAUGAUCCAGGACCGAGUGAGGAAGGUGGAAGAAGUCAAACGCUCUGUGGAGCUCAACAAGGCGAGCGCGAAGAGGGAGACCGAGGACAGCAUGCAGGUCUUCUCCGAGCUGAUCCGCUCCAUCCGGAGGACUCAGGCUGACGUGGUCGCGCUCAUCGAGGAGAAACGGAGGCGGACGGAGGACCGAGCCCGGGAUCUGGUUACCGAACUGGAGCGGGAGAUCGAGGGCCUGAGAAAACGUUACACCGAUCUGGAGAACAUGGAGAGGACUGACCACAUUCACUUCUUGAAGAACUUUCCAGCUAUGAGCGCCGCGCCGUCCGUCCACGACUGGACCGACACAAGCGUUCCCACGGAUGUCAGCGUAGGCUUGAUCAGGACAGCUGUGUCCAACCUUGAAGCCGCUUUCACGAAAAUGGUGGACAAGCUAGCGGAUGGAGAGAUCCAGAAGAUCCUCAAGUACACAGCGGACGUGACUUUGGAUCCGGAUACCGCCAACCCCUGGCUGCAGCUCUCCCAGGACAGGCGGCAGGUGCGUCACCUGGGAGCGUGGCAGGACCUCCCGGACCACCCCGACCGCUUCGACACGGUGGUCAUCGUCCUGGGCAGGGAGGGCUUCACCUCCGGAAGACAUUACUGGGAGGUCCAGGUCGGCGAGAAGGACGACUGGUACAUGGGCGUGGCCAGGUCGUCCGUCAACAGGAAGGGACGCAUCUCUGUGAGCACUGCCCACGGCUACUGGGCGCUCGCCAUGAAGAAGGGCCAAGGGUACCGGGUGUCCACCGUGCCUCCGCUCCCGUUGGCGCUCGACCCCAAACCAAAGAGGGUGGGAGUUUACGUGGACUACGAAGAGGGCCAGAUAUCCUUCUACGACGUGAGGGCUCGCACGCACCUCUACACGUUCAGCGACAGGUUGACGGAAAAGAUUCUGCCGUUUUUCUACUUGUACUGCUGCGACAAAGCCUCCGACACGGUCGUCAUCUGUCCGGUCGCCGAGAAAGCCCUGAUUCAGCAAAGCUAAAAUGAGCUCCACCACAGAAGUGACACAAUUACUCACACUAUAUACGAAAGUGGAAGUACUCACCCAGUACUUGGGUCAAUUCCCUGAAGUGCAAUGAUAACGUUGCACCUCUAUUUUAUGAAAUCGCAAAGUACUCCUCGUGAGAAGAGCAAAUUUUGUUCAGUUUUGAGUGCUCACGGCUCUGUCUUUGGACACAAAAAUCAAAUAUAUGAUUGCAAAACCCUGAAGUCGUUGUUAUUGUCUUGAUGCACUCGUACUGUGAUCUUCUUGUCCUUUCGGCUUGUCCCAUUAGGGGUCGCCACAGCAUGUCAUCUCAGAUGAACUCGUACUUGUUUGGCACAGUUUUACGCCGGAUGGCCUUCCUGACAACCCCUCUGCAUUUUAGCCGGGGCGAGAGAAGCUUACAGCACCCGAUAUUCCCAGGCGGUCUCCCGUCCAAGUACUAACCAGGGCCAAACCCGCUUAGCUUCCCAGAUCUGACGAGAUCGGGCGUUCUCGAGGUAGCGAUGGCCGUAAGCCACACAUAGCACGACUUGGCGGCUUGGCUCGCAGAACUCCCAAGAUCCAGAGUCACUUCCGAGUCGCAGCUGCCACCACAGUCAAAGGUCGGCGGAGCUGCACUGUGUUCUGUCCGACGAUGGGGUGCACAGACAUGUCGUUAAGAAAAGUGUGAAAUUUUAUUUGACUAAAUGUAUGAGUGUCAUAAAAAGGAAAAGAA